UUGCAAAAACUCUGUAGCCGAGAGGCCACACGGACGGCGGUGAGCGGCUCCAGCAAGGCUUCGUCGAUCGUCACCUCACCUGACCAAUCCAGAGGCUUCUCCACAGGAGCGGAUGCCCGAGUCCCCCCAACUCCAGCACACGCCGCCGCCGCCGCCUCCCGCUGAACCAAACGCCGCCGCGUCGACGGCAGCAAAUGCCCAACCCAACCUGAUUGCUGUGAAGCCGAGGAUGAUCAUCAAGGGGGCGCUGGGGCGGUACGAGCGCUGGAAUCCCGUGCACCCGACCGCCGGCGCCUUCUGGGGCAUGGGGCUCGGCCUCGGCUGCGGGGUCGGCUGGGGCCCGGGGUUCGGGCCCGAGGUGAUUGGAUACGUCGGCGCUGGCUGCGGCGUUGGGUUCAGCGUCGGAUUCACGCUCGCCGGAGUCGGCGUCGGGCUGCCGCAGCACGGCCUCAUCAAGAACCACUACCGCAGCGGCUUUGCAAGCAAUGUCCCUCUUGAAUCGGCAAGGUUUUAUACCAUGACCAUCAUCAGAGGUUUGGUGUGGGACGCCAUCAGUUAUGCGAGUAAUGUAGCUUCUAUGAGGAAAGAAUCUCGACAGAAACUUAUGAGGUUCCAGGACAACUCUCAGAUUUCAGGAGGAGUUGAUCUGCCUAAGCUGGGGAAGGGCGUGUCAAGUAGCAUCCGGUCCACAGUGGAAUGUAUCAGAGCUUUCAAAGAUCAGCAUUGGCCUCCUUAAAAACACUUCAAGGAAUUAAAGCUGGUUCUUUUAUAAGUUAGACUUCAUAAUUGGCGGUAUACUAAUCUGUAUUUGUUUUGGUAUGAGGUUUUUUUUCCCGACUUAUGAAGGGGAAGCUAUUCCAGCUUAAGAAAAUGUAGCUAGUCAUUUAUGUAGAUGCACCUGUAAAUAUAACGAUGAUCUAUUACCCUUUAUUCAACAGUCACGUACUGUCAAAUAAACUUCCACUUAUAUUGCA